UUGAAUUCUUGUACUUGUACCCGUGGUGCACACACAAUCCUCCUGUUGUUUGACAUUCCUAACCUUAAAAGUGAUAUAGUGCCGUAAGCGUUGUGUUUUCAUUCAAUUAUUGGAAAUUACGAUUUGAUUAAAGAAUCAUAAUGGCAAAUGAUGUGCGAAACGUCCCCAUAUCUCAAAUUCUAAAGAAUAAGAGUACCUUUGAAGAUGAACCAAGAAAAAAGUCAAGGGAGGAUUGGAGAAAAGCGAAAGAGUUGGAAGAAGCGAGAAAAGCUGGAACAGCCCCAGCAGCUGUCGAUGAAGAAGGCAAUGACAUUAACCCUCACAUUCCCCAGUACAUAAGUGCAACUCCCUGGUACUUUGGAGCAUCCGGACCUACUCUGAAGCAUCAAAGACCCCAGCCAGAGAAGCAAAAAGAAUACAGCAGUCUUGGUGAAUGGUACAAACGUGGAGUUGAUGCAUCAAAUGUAGCCACUAAAUUUCGAAAAGGAGCCUGUCAAAAUUGUGGAGCUAUGGGCCACCAGAAAAAGGAUUGCUUUGAACGGCCUAGAAAGGUAGCCGCUAAUUUUAACAAUAGCAACAUCGCUCCGGAUGACUUUGUACAGCCAGAGUUGUCUCUAUCGUACGAUGCUAAACGCGAUAGAUGGGCAGGUUACGAUCCAACAGAUCACAGAGCCUUUGUCGAGGAAUAUCAGAAGAUUGAGGCUUGUAAGAGGCAAAUGAGGGCCGAAAAAUUGAAUGCUGAAGAGAGCGAUCAGCAGGAUUCAGAUAAAGAUGAAGAUAAAUAUGUAGAUGAAGUUGAUAUGCCUGGAACUAAGGUCGACUCGAAACAAAGAAUUACAGUGAGAAAUCUCAGAAUAAGAGAGGACACCGCCAAGUAUUUGAGAAACUUAGACAGCAAUUCUGCUUAUUAUGAUCCCAAAACGAGAUCAAUGAGAGAUAAUCCUUAUGCUGGAACGGAAAAAGAAGUCGAUUAUAAAGGCGAGAAUUUCGUUCGUUUCUCUGGUGACACUCAGAAACACGCAACAGCCCAAUUAUUUGCUUGGGAUGCUCAUGAAAAAGGUGUCGAUGUGCAUUUAUUGGCUGAACCUACUAAACUAGAGAUGCUGAAGCAUGAAUAUGAUAAAAAACGAGAUGAACUUAAGAAUGAGGCAAGAGGAAGUGUUGUGGACAAGUAUGGAGGCCACGAACACCUUUCAACGGCCGAUCCAUCGCUUCUACUGGCACAAACUGAACAUUAUGUUGAAUAUUCGAGAUCAGGAAAGAUAAUUAAAGGACAGGAGAAGCAAGUAAUUCGUUCUCAAUAUGAGGAGGACAUAUUUCCCAAUAAUCACAAGACGGUUUUUGGUUCUUACUGGAGCAGAGGUCACUGGGGGUAUCAGUGUUGUCAUUCAUUUAUAAAAAACUCCUAUUGCACUGGUGAAUCAGGAAAACAGGCCCUAGAAUCGGCCCAAGCAAUUCCGGAAGUUGUGCCUACCAGUGAAAAGCUGCCGUUGAAUGACGCUGAAGAUGAUAAAGAACCAAGCAGUGAGUCCUCGAGUGAUUCUUCGGCGGAGGAAGACUGUCGUAGUAAAACAGAACGUAAAUCAAAGUCGAAGAAGAACAAAAAUAAGAAGAAGAAGCAAAAGGAGAGGUUGAGGAAAGAGAAAAAUCAAAAGGAUGGCAAUUCUUUGAAGGAGGCUCUCAACAAGGAAGAGAAGAGCCAGAGGGAGGCAGAAAGACUCUUAAAAAUGGAUGAACGUAAGAGACCAUAUAAUAGCAUGUUCACAGCCAAGGAACCAACUGCUGACGAGGUGGAGGCUUUCCAGAUGAAGAGACCUAGGGAGGAUGACCCAAUGACUAGUUUUAUCUAAUUAACUAAUAUAUUUUUUUAUAAUUCCGAUUGUACAUAGGAAAUAAUUCUAAGGAGUAAUUAUAAUGAGAAUUAAUAUGAGAUAUUUAUUAAUAAUAGUACGUAAUAACUAUAUUACCUGAAUUAAAUAUAAUUGGUAUUUAUUUGGGAAACCAUUAUUAUUUCAAAGAUUUCAAUAGAUUUUGAAGGAGUAUUAGUACGAAGAGAAAUAUUCUGAUUGAGUUUGGGCUUCAAUGUAAGUCUGAUAUUAAUAAUAAUAAAUUUAGAAAUGGAACAACAAUACAGAA